GUCCUCUUCGAUUCAUGAAUUUCAUGAUAAAGCGGGUUUGUUCAUCCCGGCCCACGUAUAUAAACCUCCAUAAGACAGUUACUCGUCGUAUCAUCUCCCCACCGAACUUCGGAGCACGUCUCGUUCAUCAGCGCAUAAUCCGCCUAGUUCACUCGAGUAUAGUCAGAGACAAGAUGGCCGCAACUCGGGACGUCUCCAAGCAGUCGGACAUCACGAAGAUGACCACCGACCCGGACGGCAGCUUCAAGCGCAAGGCCUCUACUUUCCGCGACUUCAUCGAGAAGGGCGGCAAGUUUGAGCCGGAGAAAGGCAGAUACCACCUCUACGUCUCCUAUGCGUGCCCAUGGGCGACCAGGACGAUUAUCGUUCGGAAACUGAAGGGCUUGGAGGACUUCAUCCCUGUCCAUGUCGUAUCGCCGCGCAUGGGAGAGCAUGGCUGGCCCUUCGCCAACGUGGAUGCUUACCCCGCCGCCGAUGUUGACCCUCUCUUCAAUGCAGAACAUGUUAAGGACAUAUACCUUCGCGUCGAUCCGAACUAUGACGGCCGCUUCACGGUGCCCAUUCUAUUCGACACGAAGCACUCGACGAUUGUGAACAACGAAUCAUCGGAGAUCAUACGCAUGUUCUAUACCGCCUUCGACCACCUCCUCCCUCCGGAAUAUGCCAACCUUGACCUUUACCCCGAACCCUUGCGCAAAGAGAUCGAUGAGCAGAACGAAUGGGUGUACGACACGGUUAACAAUGGUGUCUACAAAUCGGGGUUCGCGACCACUUCCAAGGCAUACGAAGCAGCCGUGUACCCGCUUUUCGAAUCGCUCGACAAACUUGAAAAGAUCCUUGAGGGCAAGGACUACCUAGUAGGAGACCAGCUAACCGAGGCGGAUAUCAGGCUCUUCCCUACCAUCAUCCGAUUCGACCCGGUUUACGUGCGCCACUUCAAGUGCAACAUCCGUGACAUUCGCAGCGGGUAUCCGAACCUUCACCGUUGGAUGAAGAACCUAUACUGGAAGAAUCCGGCUUUCAAGGACACCACUAACUUCGAUCACAUCAAGACUCACUACUUCUGGUCGCAUCCUUCGGUCAAUCCGCAUCGCAUCGUUCCCGUUGGGCCUAUUCCUCACAUCCUCCCGUUGUAAACCCGUCUAUCAAUAUAACAUGAACGUCGUAACGCCGACAGAAUUGUAUUGUACUGGCUCCUGUACUCUGAACUCA